AGCAGGCGGGGGGUGAGAGUGUGUGUGGAGCCUCGUCGGGACGCGGGCAGUGGACCUCCUCCAUCACUUCCACUGCUCCACAGUUAGUGGAUUUGAAGCUCUGAGCCUUUUUCAUUUGGUCAAAUUAUUUUCUGCCAGAGUUCUUUAAAGUGUUUGGAUUUUUUUGAGGAGAGAAAAAAAAAAGAUUUCAUCUUCUCACUUGUGCAGACAUGCUUCGGUGCACAGCAGUCCUACUUUUCCUGGUGGUGGCCUUAUACGUCCUGAGUGCAGAAGCUUACAAGUGCCGGUGCACCAGAAAAGGACCAAAGAUCCGAUACAAGGAUGUGCAGAAGCUGGAGAUCAAGCCCAAAUAUCCCUACUGCCAGGAAAAGAUGAUAUUUGUGACAAUGGAGAACGUGUCCCGCUUCAAGGGUCAGGAGUACUGCCUUCAUCCCAAACUACAGAGCACCAAGAAUCUGGUCAAAUGGUUCCGCAUCUGGAAAGACAAACACAGGGUUUACGAGGCCUAAAUCACCGGCGAGUCAUCACAACAAGAAGAUAAUUAAAAAAAAAACAAGACAACAACUAGGACACCACUGGGACUUUUUUUUGUUUAUUCGUUUUUUGACGUUGCAAAAAAUCUGCACUACUUCCUCUUCUUCCUCAAGCCAUCAAGAGAUAAUCUACUGUAUAGCUGACAUUGAUAUAUCAAACUAGUGGCUUUCUUUUGGGGGGUUUUGGUUGUAGUUCCUACUUCUGAUAAUGAAUAUAACAGUUGAGUGGUACAUUCGGUCCGCUCCCCCAGAAGCUAUCGGACGGUACGUUGAUAAUAAAUGAGCUGAUUUUAUUUACUACAAUUUUUAAUAAUAAUGUUUUAUUGCCACACAAGUAUACCUGCAAAUAUGACAAAGAACACAUUUUACUCAUGUUUUGUAUGCAUUCCAAUGUAAAGUGCAUUUUGUAAACAGCCUAUUUGUUAGAAAGACUUUAUAGUGUCAUGUAUGUUGAAUGGCGGCAUUAUAGUUUCGGUUUGUUUUUUUUGCUAUUUAAUUAGUUUUGGGACCGGGUGGGUGUUCAAGCGUUCAACAGUCCAUUGUGUGUAAAAAAAAAAACAAAAAACAAUAAUAAACACAGCAAUAAAGCGUCUAAAAGCAA